CCUGGUUGAUUAGAUUCCUCUCUCACUAUAAAAGAGCUUUCUAUCCACCUUUACCACAUUGUGGCAAGUUAAAUUGAAGCAAAAAGACGUCUGUACAAAAGGUAUGAUUUUUGUUCAAUAUAGAAAUUGAAUGUAAAUUUUGAGAAAUUUUUACGUAGUAUUUCCACAAACAAAAAGUAUUAGGUAAUUAGGCUAUAUAUUAUGUGUUUUAUCGCCAUGCAAUCCUACAAAGAACUUAAAUUUUGAGAAGUUCUAAAAGCUAUACCAAUUGUUUAUUAUAUUUACAUGUAUAUAUACAUAUUAAAAUAAGUGUGGCAUCUCGCUUUACUUUCGUAUAUCAUCAAGAUAUAAAAGCCCGUCAAACGGGGAUGAGAGUUAGCAGGUAUAGCGCGGAUUGUUACAGGGACAUUUCAAUCGGGCUCUACAAACUAUAUGCAUGUUUUAACUGAAUUGCUGAAAUAGAUUAAAGUCUGGUUUGGCGAUUUUGUGUUUCUGACGGAUGCAAAUGAGUGAACUCGUGCAUGCAUGCACACAAAAGUACAGAUUGAUCUCAAGUCGCUUUUCAGAAGUAAACAAUUCUAAGUCUUUUGCAUGUCAUUCAGUCGAUCACAUUUGCCAGGUGGAGAAAAAUCGCCGACCAAAUUGCUAGUGUGAACCAGGCUUAAAUGAUAUUUUUAGGAAAGCACGAUGGUCGUAUGCCAACUCUCGUACAUUUACAUGCAUUUGUUUAACCCCAUAGCUUAAGAUGCGGAACAUAUAGUUACUAUAGUUCAACGUAUUUUAUGAACUUAUUUUCCAGCCAUAUAUUUACCAAAAUAUGAAGGGAUAUCUUGCUAUUUUCGCUGUUCUGAUUGUUGUCUAUUUUUUGAACCUCACUGACGCAGCCUCAAAACCUUUAGGUAAGUGAUAACUCAUCUGAUAACUCAUGCACGGUAAAAUAAACUUGUACAUGCACACAUUAUUCAGAUAUCAACCAAUUAGGUAAAAUACUAGGUAUAGGUUACCUGCAAGACAGGGAAUGCUGCGGGAGUCAUCUUAGCUUCAUUAGAUUACGUAAGAACAAUAGAGUGAUUGGAAAAGGCAUGCAUGGUGGUCGUUGGGCUGGUUCAAUAUCAAGAAACUUUGCGCCGAACGUAUGACACAAAUUUAAGUGUGGACAAGGAAGAAAUAUUAAGGACAACUCACUGCCAUUCAUGAUCAUCUAUCAAACCCAAAAAACACCUUAACAACAACAACAACAACAAUAACAAUAAUUUAUUUCAUCAAAUUGGAUAAUUACAUGGUAUAAACUUUCUGCAUGCAAAUAUAACAUUUGCUAUAAUCAACGCAGAUAUAAUUCUCUCAUAGAUUCGAUUCAUUCAUGAAUGGUAAGAAAAGAAAUAGUAGAAAUAUUAGAAAAUUUCAAAGAUAAUUAUUGUAUUCAUCAAAAUAUAUUAUUUUUAUAAAAGAAUUUUGUAAUAUUAUAUGUAUUUUGCCAUUGAUUGAAUUAACACUGGGUAACAAUUAACAUAAACAUAUUCCUCACUACUCUCACGAUAGUCAGAAGUAACAGUCUCUUUAUUUCCUGCAGCUUAAAUUUCGUUUUCCCGAAUUGUCGUAAUUCGACAGGAAUGCUUAUAUAUUUGGGCUACAAUUUUGGUAAAUGAUAAAUUUUGGUAAAGUUUUUUAUUAUUUUGUUCGUGAUGAUAACAUUGUUAUACAGAAAUUACAUGCAUGAUGCACUAUGUCUAUAGUAUUAUUAUAUGUAUUUCAUUUGACUGCACAAAGUUUUCAGAAAUACUCCCAGGUAUACUUCUAUUUGAGAUAUCGUACAUUAGGCUAAAUUAGAAACAGUUUUAUAAUACAGCAGACUUAUAGGAAGAAUAUUUGACAUAAUUAAGAAGGACAGCAUGUUCAGUUUUCCGUUUGAAAUAUACAUCAAACGCAAAGCACGUUUCUGAAGAGCGAGUAUCCUGUUUAAAUGGAUUUGGGAAGCUAGCUUGAUCCCAAAUAGCAAUCCCGUAUAUGUUAUAUAAGGUAGAAUCAAGGAUUGAUAAAUACUAAUAAUGGUAAGAAUAGGAACGAAAUGUCUUAAUCUGGCGUGCAGGCCCACCGAGGGAAGAAUAUAGUGGACCUGCAAGGAAGACCCUGUUUUGUAAAACUUCCCUUUUCAUAACACGCCCCAUUCGCGCGUCAAUCUCAAACUUCAAAUCGUGUGACCAAAUUAGCAUUAAUGUGUGCUUCUGUCGCCAUUGUUAUAAAUAAAUUGUCUGACUUAUCAGAUCGUGUGUGCAAUUCUUGUGGGCAGAAAGUACGACAUAUAUUUCAGACGAGUUAUUUAAUUUGGUAAAGAACUCGCCGCGAUCGACAAAAGAUUAAGAGAGCGUUCAGAGUCCAGAUCGUUUCAAAUGGCAAUUACCGUCUGUUUCGCCCUCUCAGAGAAGCCCUGCAAAUCACAAAGUGUUUCGAAUAGGCUUACAUACAACUGCCUCUAAAUCGUCACCGCGAAAAGCGCUGUUUUCUUCAAUGCAAGAACAGAGUCAACAUCAACCAAAAAAUAAUUUUCUUGAGGAACAUAUUUAAACGUAUCAAAUCUGUUUGAAAUUAAUCAAACUCAAGUAAAGGUUACCAUGCAUAGUUUACCCAAGUGGUAAUGAUGAUAUUCCAACAGUUCACGACAAGCAAUCCUCGUUGGCAUAACGACAAAAACAUCUCUUCCUUCAAGUAGACAAUAAACAGUCUGUUCUUGUUCCAUUUUUAAUCGAAGAAAGUGAUCAGAUCCAAUUUUAAGUUAAGCUUAUUUAGAGCCUUUGUGAUGAAUCACUGAUCUAAUUAUAGAAUCCAACAGCAAACAGCCAAUCAGAAUGAUUCGUUCGUGUGCGAACGCGUUGACACUUUAUGCCAGAAGAAAAGCGCUGUAAGGUCAACAUUCCGUCCCCUGGGAAAUUCACAAAUUGUGUGUUCGGUAACCCCUCAGCUGAAGGUGUAUCUUGCCUGGUUCAGUUUACGAGAUUUCGAUGCUGGACGAUUUGUUAAGUGUAAGGUACUUUGCCUUCUCGUACUCUUUAAGCACAACUUUAGAUAUAGUAUAUGUAGACUCAGACGCAACCUCGUUCCCAGGCUUUUCCCUGGUCACGUGUCACGCAGAUUUUGCGUGAUAAAUUGAAAUUGAUCUGAAGGAGGGGUUAUUGUAGUAUAGAGGUGUUUGUUUGUCGCAUUUGGAAAAUUGCAACUUUAUUAAUAGAUGCAAUUUUAGAAGUGUUAUUAGAAGCAAUUUCCCCUUACAUUUUUCAGGUAGUUGAGUUGCAGAAUUAAUUGCACGGCCAAAAAACAAUAAACAAAGCGAUGAAACGUGUGCCGUUGUACGCCAAAUUCGUAAGAAAAAUUAAACUGUCAUAGACAAACAAAGCCAGUUAAUGUACAGCUUUCAUUCUAUAAACUUCUAGACUGCUUGCACAAUGUCUCUGAGCCACAGGCACAGUUCAUAAAUAUAGGCAACUGUGUGAUAUGGGCAGCAUGUAAAGAUUAUGAAUUGAAACGAGUUAAGAUAAACAAAGUACAUCUUUUUGUUUAAAAACGAAUGAAAUUAACAUUUAAGAUUAUACCCUACAUGCAGUUUUCUAACGGAAAGGGAAGCGUAAGUUGUUUCAUACUGCACGUAUAUAUAGUUACCGUUUAUCCUAUAGGAUUUCUGGGUGCAUCGCAGAUAGAUUAACCAUAUUGAUAAUUUUCUCCUUUUUACAGUGAUUGAGAGAAAGAAACGCAGUUUCAAAUCGUAUUUUGAGAAUUACUUUGAUGAAAUGGCAACCAGUGCAUGUGUUGCCAUGGGAAGUAAAAGAGGCCUAUACUUUGCUGUGCGUCGAAAAUGUGGGAGUUUCGCAUCCUGUAAAGAGAUCUGUACAUCAUACACCAUCAGACGACAAGCUCAAAUUUGGGAUCCCUCAAAGUAAGAAUUGAUACUAACUGUACAUAACUAAAAUCAGGUUGCACAAGACUGCGUAGAACUUAAUGCUUAUUAAAUCAUGAUUUAAACAAUGUUAGUUAAUUAAUGGCUGGUCAAAAACAAACUGCAGCAUCAUUCAACAAAACCAAAUUAAAAUAUGUUGGAUCAAAUCAUAACUUUGCUAAAAUUGACAAUGAGUUUGCCGUAAAAUUUAAUGAUCAACUGUUUCCCAGAGUGCACUCAAUCACGUGUUUGGGAGUUAAACUUGAUGAAACAUUGAAUUUGGAUCAUUGGAUGAACAUAAUUAUUGAAAUGGUUUGCAAAACAGUUGGAGAGGGCAUAGGAAUUUUAAAGGUAUCAAGCUCUAUGUUCCUGCAAACACAUUUAUAUCAAUUUAUAAUGCUGUGAUACAGCCUUACGUCGAUUACUGCUCUCCCUUUUGAGAUUUUUAUAUCAAGCUUCGUAGUUGUAUAGUAUAGUAUAGUAUAGUAUAGUAGAACUUUAUUUAACCACGCUUCCCUUACAUCACCCAUGGAUGAUUUUCAUGAGGGGCGUCACACAAAUUACAUUCUAAAAACUAAUAUAAAUUAGAUAUGAAAUAGAAUAACACAGAAUAACAAAUACGUAGAUAAAAAAGUUAAAAAACCAAGACUAUUCGAUGUCUGACUCUGGUGCAAACAUUAUUUUAUCAAAUUUUUGAAGCGUAUCAAGCUCUAUGUUCCUGCAAACACAUUGAUAUAUAUCAAUUUAUAAUGCUGUGAUACAGCCUUACGUCGAUUACUGCUCUCCCCUUUGGGAUUUUUAUAUCAAGCUUCGUAGUUUUAUAGUAUAGUAUAGUAUAGUAGAACUUUUUAUUUAACCACGCUUCCCUCAUCACCCAUGGAUGAUUUUCAUGAGGGGCGUCACACAAAUUACAUUCUAAAAACUCAGUAAUAUAAAUUAGAUAUGAAAUAGAAUAACACAGAAUAACAAAUGCGUAGAUAAAAAAGUUAAAAAACCAAGACUAUUCGAUGCCUGACUCUGUUCACACAUUAUUUUAUCAAAUUUUUGAAGCUACUUAAAGAUUCUGUUUGCUUUGCUUGCGUAGGUAAACUAUUCCAUAGAACAGCCCCGCUAUAUCCAAUGUUAAAAUUUAAAACGGUUAAAAAUAUAUAUUUUUGAAAAAAUAAUCGUCCGAAAGAGACUAGAUAAAAACAUAAACAAAAUAGAAAUAUCCGAAAAGCAAAGUCUGUGAAUUCAGAGUCUGCAGUUUACCGCUUUUUCGUAUCUUGCUUAGUUCUUGAAAUAUUUGCACUUGGAGUAAUCCGAUGUCUGUCAUCUUGGAUAAAUUUUUGAUCUCAUUAACGGCAGUUUUGGUGACGUCACAGCAGGGAUUAACCAUAUAAAAGUACUCGUUGCUGAUCGAAUAUUGACUGGUAGAUGUUUUAAAGGUUUUGAGUGAUCUUGAUUUUUCCAAGGGCAGACAGAGAUAGUUUUGAGCGCAAAAUGAUUAGUGGUUGUCUAGAUAAAAAUAUUAAAAGUAAGCAAGAUAUGAAAAAACGGUAAAAGAAGUUAAUAUUAUUAUAUAGUUUCAAAUGUUCUUUCAAAUGAGAAAAUAAAAAAAAUAUAUUGCCAUUUCCCUUUAAUUAUGGAAAAAACAGGUCAUAGAGACGAAAGGUCGUUACAGCAGUAUCAGAGACCUAGCAUAUUGAGUACAGAGUAGAAAUAUCAAAAGCGUUCGAUCAAGUUGGUAUGAUGCACACGUCUUUGGCGACAACCAGUACAACUAAUAGCGAGUGUUGGGAAGUCUGAAGAGGAAUUAGGAAGCGAAGUUAACAAGAGCGAAGGUGAUAGCGCAGUAAAGAGUGAGAAUGUUGAAAAGUGUAUGAAUCUCAAUAAUUGCACGUUUUUUAUUAACAAGGAGUUUAAAAUGUAGACAGAAGCGGUAAAUGGACAUAUGUAAAUGGUGAGAAAUGAAUGUUGUAUUUAACAACUUGAACUUUGAAAUAUAUUUUCAAUACGUUUGUGUGAAAUAGUAUUAGAAAUGUUAAUCGAAAUGGUUGUAGUGUAAGUUCAAUUGAUUAUCAAUUCAUGGCCUGUAUCCAGGUUCAAUACUAGAACAGUGGGCUGUAUUUAGAUACAGCCCAAUAUUUCCCCGCUCUUUCCUGCUGAAUAUCAAAACCCUCCCCGUGCUUUUAGACGGUUGGCCUAAUGACCGAUAUUUAUGUUAAAUAUACAGCCCGCGGAACUUCAAAGAAAACCGACUCAAUUAUGAAAUAAUAACCAUUAGGUGUAUUCCAACGAAACUUUUACAGGUGGAUGGUUUACCUUGUUCAAGUAUAUUAUGAUACUUAUGUUUCCAUGGCAACAAAAAAGAUUCUCUAUUAAAAAGAGCUUAUUUCAUUGUUACUAUUAUAAUUUAAUUAACAAUGCUGAAAUUUAGUAUUGUUAGGUGUUCAUGACUACGCUGAAACUUUUUUGACGUAAUGCGUUUUCUGCGAAUUUUCCACGGAUUUAUUACUUCAUAAAAAUUCUUUACGACAAGUUGGAAUAAAAGUUUUAAAAAAUCUCAAAGUAAAUUUAGCAUUAAGGCACGAGUUUUCCUGAGUUCAUCAUUUGGGAAAGGACGCUCGAAUUAUUUUUAUAAUAAUUAUAAAUAAUUUUGAGCGAGCAUUCCUAUAUACGACUUAAAUAUUUUGCUAACUUUAAGCUCGUUUACUCGAGCUUUCUAAUGGUAUAGUUUAUUUUUGUGAACAGUAAAUUUUCAUUAAGAUGGUACUUUAAUAGGCCAAAUUUUAGAAUUAUCAAAUUGUCGGCUAUAAAGCCAAAAUCAGAGUUGCCAACAUAUAUUGUCUUCUUCACCAAUGUGUAUAAGCUUUCAGAAAAUGCCAGUUGGCCGCUUGUAACAAAAAAUCGCAUUCGAUUGUCUAGUCGUCUGAUACAACAUGGUUUGAAAAUUGUUCGAUUCUGUUAGGCUAAUGUUGUGAGGUCCAUUUCAGAACAGGUUUAAUGAGCCUCGGUAACAUAUCUACCAGUUACAAGAUAUAGAUUUUUUUAUGCCGACAAUUUGAAUUAAACAGUUACUGCAUGAAUUGUACGUGAGUUUUAAGUAAUUGGUUUUAAGAAGAUGUUACUGAGCAUUUAAUUAUACCAUUUUUACUCACUUUCUAGACUGCUUCAUUCAUCAUGCGUGGAAUCACUUCAUAUUUACAAGAACCGUCCAUCUCUAGCUGACAAUAAAAAGGCGGAUACAGAUGUAAACAAAGUUGGCUUAACAAUUUACCGUUACAAGACUUGCAAUUCUCGUGGUUGUGGACCAAAUUACUGUUGCUGUACAGGAUUACCAUGACUAACGGGAAAACUAACUAUGCAGUUACUAAUAUAGGCCUACUUAUACAGUAUACUGUUGCCUUGUUGCUUAUUAACAAGUAUCAAUUAAUCUAAAUUCAUAGAUAACUAGUAUAAUUUAGUGUAUGGCUUAACCACACAAGCAGGGAGAGUCCAAUAGGAUGGAUAUAUUUACCUAAUCCAGGAUGAUGUGUCAUUAUAAUAAAACUGCUUUGAUUACAUUCGACGUUUAAA